AUGAGGUUUGCUGUUGAGGAGAUAAACAAUGCCACUCAUCUCCUUCCAAAUAUCACCUUGGGCUACCAGAUCUUUGAUGACUGCACUUCCUCCAUAUACAUCAAGGCAAUGUUUGCCUUCGUGCUGAGAAGGGCACAGACCAGCUCGGGAGCAACACACAAUCUGUGUGGCUACCAGCCACGUGUUACUGCCAUAAUCGGACCCUGGAGCUCAGAUGGUGCUACCAUCGUGGCCAACAUUCUUCACCCGUUUCUCCUUCCACAGAUCAGCUAUGGGGCAUCCAGCGAGAAGCUGAGUGACAAAGUGUACUUCCCCUCAUUCCUGAGGACCAUUCCUAGCGACAAGAACCAAGCGGAGGCCAUAAUUCUACUGAUCCAGAGGUUCAAGUAUGACUGGAUCGCAGUAGUUGGGAGCGACGAUCAAUACGGACAGUAUGGGAAGCACGAGGUGACCACAUUGGCAUCUGAGAGGAACAUCUGCAUGGCUUACCAAGGUAUAAUCAAGGCAAAAGAGGGCACUUUGAAGGAAGCGAUAAUUCAAGUGAUCAAACACAUUGACAGCAGCAGGGUCAACAUAACUGUUCUGUUUGCCACCCUUCAAUUGACUGUCAUGUACUUUCAGACGGCUAUUGAGUUAAAUAUCCGAGACAAAGUCUGGAUUAUCAGUGAGGCCAUCUCUGCAAACAACAUCCUUUCAGAAAUUCCGAAUAUCAGUAAAGUCGGGUUAAUCCUGGGCAUUGCUGUUAGGGAGGGACAAAUGCCCGGUUUUCAGGAUUUUUUGUCUAAUGCUUUGGCUGCCCAGAGCCUGAGUCCAUCAAACCUAUCCCAAGCGUCUGCUGAGAGCUGUGCUCAAACCUGCAUUGAGUGUCAGUCAUUCACUAAUGCUAUGGUCCAGUCUAUACUUGGUUCCAACAAGUGGGGAAUCUCCUUCAACGUGUAUUCCGCCGUCUACUCUGUGGCUCAUUCUCUACACCAGCUCCUCAACUGUGACUCAGGAACAUGCAACAAGUCCAGGACUUUCCUCCCAUCCGAGCUCCUGGAGAGUUUGAAAAGAGUAAACUUCACUCUUCACAACAGAACAAUUAACUUUGACGCAAAUGGGAACUUGCGGACAGGAUACAAUAUCAUCAUCUGGGAAAACAAAAGUUCAAUUGAUCCCUUCAGAGUGAUCGGGUCCUACACCCCUAACCCAGGACGUGUGGUCAUCAACCAGCCCUUUAACACCUGGGCGCCUGGUCUAAAGAAGAUGCCCACCUCAAAGUGCUCCAGUGAGUGUGAGCCGGGUCAGAGGAAGAAUCUGGAUGGUUUCCACCACUGUUGUUUCAAGUGUACAGAUUGCCCAAAGAACACCUUCGAAAGCAACCACGAUUGCGUAGAGUGCUUCAAGUGGCAAUGGGCUCCCUCGAAGAGCAGUGUGUGUUACAACAAGACCAUAGUCUACCUGCGUUGGGAGGAUGGCAUCUCCAUUGCCCUGUGCGCCAUGGCGGGCGCUGGGAUCCUGGCCAAAGCAACCAUCACUGUUAUUUUCAUAGUUAAUCUGAAGACCCCAAUAGUGAAGGCGGCUGGGGGGAAGCUGUGCUUUGUCAUGUUGCUGGCGUUGGUCAGUGGCUCCUCCUGUGUCUUGCCUUCAUUGGGUUACCCAGUGAGUUGGUCUGUAAGCUAUAUUUACAACAUUCUGCUCAGCUUGCUCUGUUUCCUCUUUGCUUUCCUGGGAAAAGAUUUGCCCAAAAACUACAACGAGGGCAAAUGGAUUUCACAAAGUAUGGUUGUCUUCAUCUUCUCCUGGUCCCUGUUUGCACUCAUUUCUUUCUCCGCAUCGCAGAGGUAUAUCCCCAUUAUUCAGGCAGUUGUCAUCCUCAGCAGCUCCUACGGAAUUGUUGGAAUGUAUUUCAUUCCCAAAUGCUACAUCAUUCUGUUCAAGCCGCAGCAAAACACCAACGCCUACUUCCAGAUGUGUAUCCAGGAGUACACAAAGCGUAGAUCUACCUAG